AUGAGAACGAUAGCGCCGGGGUUGGGACGAAGAACAUUUAAUCUCAUCUCCCAGAAAGACUCCUUUCUCUUAACGCCAGUUCGCCCACACACUCUACCGUCGCAUUCGUGCCUCACUAUCAGAACAAUGUCGACAGUCACCCUCAAGGACAACGGUAUCCAGGUCAAGCUGCCAGACGGCCUAUCAAAAGACCAACUCUUGGGUUUCCGCCCCUUUAAUAACUGGAUCAAGGGUCUCAAUGGAUCGCUAGCUCUUCAGGGCAAAAACCCGCGCCAUCCAUUCCACACCGACCCCUACGCCCUGCGCGGCGUUACGGUCCAAGCUUUUGACCUCUUUGGCGGCGGCAGGGUUGGGUUCCUCAAGGUUGUGGCGGAGGUGACCAACGGCUCGGGGGACAAGCUACCCGCGAGCGUGUUCCUUCGCGGGCCGAGCGUUGCGAUGCUGGUCAUGCUUAUCCCUGACGAUGUACCAUCCGACAGCGAUGAGAGAUACGUCGUCCUCACCGUGCAGCCUAGGAUACCGGCCGGCAGUCUGUCCUUCGUGGAACUGCCCGCGGGGAUGGUUGACGACAACGGUAGUUUCGCUGGCGCGGCGGCCAAGGAAAUGGAGGAGGAGUGCGGGCUCAAGAUCCAUGAGUCAGAACUCACCAACCUCAGCGAACUCGCCGGUGCAGGCAAGGCGGCGGAGGAGGAAGGUGAUGAGGGGCUGGCGGAAGCGAUGUAUCCCUCCGCCGGCGGAUGUGAUGAGUUCGUGACGAUCUACAGCCACGAGAGGCGGAUUCCGCGCGAGCAGUUGAAGGAUUGGAGCGGGAAGCUGACUGGGCUUAGAGAUCACGGGGAAAGGAUCACGUUGAAGAUUGUGCAUAUGAAGGACCUUUGGAGGGAGGGCGCGCGGGAUGCAAAGUGUCUUGGUGCGGUGGCUUUGUGGGAGGGUCUUCGGAGGGAGGGCAAGAUAUAA